UGGCGUGCUGCAGUCUGUGGGGCCACAAAGAGUUGGACUUGGCAACUGAACAACAACAGAGAGGCCACUGUCUUAGAAGUUAGUAAAAUAAGCAAUUGUUGUAGAAAAAUACAUAUCUGUUUCUAGUGUCACCAAAAUCAUUUGUGAUCUCAUAGAAAUGUUGAUUAGGACUUCUGUGUUCUAAGGUUCAGGUCAUGGCUAUGAGUGUCAUAUGGCCCUCUUCCCAAAGUCUAGGAUCCUUGUCCUCUACUAUAUUUUAUGUAGGUUUCAUACUCAGUACCAAUCCUGGUAUUAAUAGCAAUAGCUGACAGUGGAUAUGUUGGUUUGGAUCAUUGUCUGCUCUUGGAAAAAGUGUGUGUCCUCCAGACCAAAUAGGAUCACCUUCAAAAUCCCUGCAUAUUUUCCCUGCAUAUCUGUUUGCUGAUGAGACAACAUACCGGAGCCCAGGCGAGGAUGGUUGCCGUCUUCAAAAUGAUUCCCUGCAGGGCAGCGCUGUCUUUUGCCCGAUGUCUGGUCCGGAGGAAAGUCGUCACUCUGGACAGUUUAGAAGAUACCAAACUGUGUCGCUGCCUGUCCACUGUGGACCUCAUCGCCCUGGGGGUGGGCAGCACGCUGGGCGCUGGGGUCUACGUGCUGGCCGGGGAGGUGGCCAAAGCGGACUCUGGCCCCAGCAUCGUGGUCUCCUUUCUCAUUGCUGCCCUGGCGUCCGUGAUGGCAGGUCUUUGCUACGCGGAAUUCGGGGCCCGAGUUCCCAAGACGGGGUCUGCCUACUUGUACACUUACGUUACUGUUGGAGAGCUGUGGGCCUUCAUCACUGGCUGGAAUCUCAUUUUAUCUUAUGUGAUAGGAACAUCAAGUGUUGCAAGGGCAUGGAGUGGCACUUUUGAUGAACUUCUUAGCAAGCAGAUUGGUCAGUUUUUCCGGACAUACUUCAAAAUGAAUUAUACUGGCCUUGCAGAGUAUCCAGACUUUUUUGCUGUGUGCCUUAUAUUACUUCUUGCAGGUCUUUUAUCUUUUGGAGUGAAAGAGUCUGCUUGGGUGAAUAAAAUCUUCACAGCUGUCAAUAUCCUAGUGCUUCUCUUUGUUAUGGUUGCUGGGUUUGUGAAAGGAAAUGUGGCAAACUGGAAGAUUAGUGAAGACUUUCUCAAAAAUAUAUCUGCAAGUGCCAGGGACCCACCUUCUGAAAAUGGAACAAGCGUCUAUGGGGCUGGUGGCUUUAUGCCUUAUGGCUUUGCAGGAACUUUGGCUGGGGCUGCAACCUGCUUUUAUGCCUUUGUGGGAUUUGACUGCAUUGCAACAACUGGUGAGGAAGUCCGGAAUCCUCAGAAAGCUAUUCCUAUUGGAAUUGUGACUUCUCUGCUCGUUUGCUUUAUGGCCUAUUUUGGGGUCUCGGCAGCUUUAACGCUGAUGAUGCCGUACUACCUGCUGGAUGAGAAAAGCCCACUUCCUGUGGCCUUCGAGUACGUUGGAUGGGGGCCAGCCAAAUACGUCGUUGCAGCAGGCUCCCUCUGCGCUUUGUCAACAAGUCUUCUUGGAUCCAUUUUCCCAAUGCCUCGUGUAAUCUAUGCUAUGGCGGAGGAUGGGUUGCUUUUCAAAUGUCUAGCUCAAAUCAAUUCCAAAACGAAGACACCAAUAAUUGCUACUUUAUCGUCGGGUGCAGUGGCAGCUGUGAUGGCGUUCCUGUUCGACCUGAAGGCCCUCGUGGACAUGAUGUCCAUUGGGACACUUCUGGCCUACUCUCUGGUCGCAGCCUGUGUCCUCAUCCUCAGGUACCAGCCCGGCUUAUCUUACGAGCAACCCAAGCAUUACUCUGAGAAAGAAGCUCUGGGAUCGUGUGCCAACAGAACCCCCAAAAGCGAGUCUCAGGUCACCAUGCUGCCAGGACAGGGCUUCAGCCUGCGAACCCUCUUCAACCCCUCGCUUCUGCCCACAAAACAGUCUGCUUCUCUCGUCAGCUUUCUGGUAGGAUUCCUGGCAUUCCUCAUCCUGGGCCUGAGUGUUCUGACCACGCACAGCGUCCACGCCAUCGCCAGACGGGAAGCGUGGAGCCUGGCUCUCCUGGUGCUGUUUCUCGUUCUCUGUGCUGCCGUCGUGCUCAUCAUCUGGAGGCAGCCCCAGAAUCAGCAGAAAGUCGCCUUUAUGGUUCCAUUCUUACCGUUCCUGCCAGCCUUCAGCAUCCUGGUGAACAUUUACCUGAUGGUCCAGUUGAGUACAGACACCUGGAUCAGAUUUAGCAUCUGGAUGGCGCUUGGUUUCCUGAUUUACUUCGCUUAUGGCAUUAGACACAGCCUGGAGGGUAAUCCGAGGGAUGAAGAUGAUGAUGAAGAUAUGUAUUCAGACAACAUUAACGCAGCAACAGAAGAAAAAUCUGCCAUGCAAGAUGGUGACCAUCACCAAAGAAACCUGAGCUUACCUUUCAUUUUCCACGAAAAGACGAGCGAAUGCUAGUGCCUGCUGGGACAGAACUGGUCCAGAGUCUUCACGUACAUAGUCUGCAUGGAGGGAACCAUGACGAUGUCAUCACCACACCAGGUUGUCAUGGAUUUGCUGCAGACAUAGUUCACCCUAAUUUAUACUCAUUCACCUGAACAGCACCUCCUCUGAUGGUGACUCACACAUCUAGGGAAACCACUCUGAGCUCGCUCCUCCAUGAUAAAUAUCCCCCAGAGAGUGGGAAUGUGGGCAUGUGUGUGCAUAUGUUUGUAUAUGUUGGGGAAUAUCAAUGUUAAAAGUUGUUGGUGUCUUACUCUUACCGCAUUGCCUUUUUCCAGUGUUGCCAUUCAUCGGUAGCCUCUAUUGCCCACACUAAAAUGGAGGUGAUCACUGAAUAGAAAAGUAUCUUGAAUGUGCUGGGUGUGGUUGGGGAAAUAACUGUUGCUUUUCCUUAUUGGACUUUAUGUCAAGUUAGAACAUCCUAAAAUUGCGUUUACCCAUCAUUGUAUCUGUCAUUGGUCUGGAGUAAGGGGAGGGGAUAGGAAAUGAGCCUUUUCUGUAGCUUAUAAAUGUCGGCAGUGGGUUUAGUACAGAGUUUUCUUCUGUGAGGUAUGACAGUUUGCUGAAAGUUCAGCCAGUCGGAUUGCUGGUGUCUGUAGUACCCCGCAGGGCAGGAGCGGCCUUCUGUGUCAGCAGGUGGCAGGCACCCCUUCGAAUGGCCGUCUUCUUUGAGACAGUGGUCCUUGAAUGUGAGGCCUUCACCUUGUGUGGAUGAUAUCUUCCCCACCCCCCCACCCCGCCCCAGUCCAGUCAGGGGCUGGAGAGAGGUAGUGUGAGCUCCUAGGGAUCCUUUGUGCUAGAAAGUGAAGGUGGUCCCCGUGGGCAGGAAGCGCGUGUAAGUGGCAGAGAGGAGGAUGCAUUUGAAGAUGAGAAUAGUUAGGUGCUUGGAUAAGACCCCAAACACCCCUGUUUUAAAAGUCACUUAAAAUAAGCCAGUAGAACCUCCCAGAUCACAUAAUUGGUGGAAUGAUUUAUACCUUUUUCCAUUAGUUAAUAAAUAAUCACAGUUCACAAUUUAUUUAGGGUUUUUUUUUUUCCUAAGCCAGUAGUAAAUUCUAUCUUUACUACAUGCAAAAAAGGGGGGGAAAAAUGAAGGAAUACAAGCAAAUUCCCCUGUUCUGAUUUUAAAGUCCCCGUUCAGUUAUUAAAGGGCAUUUGGCCCAAUAUGAGGGGUUUGGAUCUAAUUUGCUUCUGAUGUUUCUUUUGGAAACAUUUAGGGAUAUUUUUCUUCCCCAUCCCAUAAAUUGUUCAGCACUUUUUAUUUCAUUUAUUUUUAAAUGACCACACUAAAACUACUGAUGCAAGUUCCAGUAUUCUAGAAAAACCCAUCAGUGGUUGAGGAAUAGAAUAUUUUAGUUAAAUACAUGAUUAUUUAAAACAUCAAGCCAAAAACUUAACCUAAUUGAAUUAAAGCCAUAGAAACACACUAACCUUUAUACGAGUAAUUUGUUUUUAAAUGUAUGAUUCUCAAAUUACUGUAUUCCAUUUUAUAGGGUUAUUUAAUAAGUGGACUGCUUAUCUUCCGUGUGUUUCGCUUCUCAUGAAUUACUUUUCUUACAAAUAAUUACAUGGUUCACGAAAUGAGACUAGCACAUUAUCAAGCCCAGGUGACCAGCUUAAGACAAAGGCAAGGAAAACACUUAUUUUCUGACAGCUCUUCCAAGAGAUCAGCCAUUUUAUUUUUGUCAUUAAAAAGCAAGUUUUGAUUGUUUAGGAGUUUAUUGUGAUGAAAAAUCCAGUGAACAGGAAAGUCUGGGUGCUAGUGUUGUAGCAUCUCAGAUCUAGAACUCAGAACUAACAUUCCACAAUUUCCAGGGUGCACAUGGUAAAAUCUGAGGCCCAGUAUUGCAUGUUUUACUGGAGAGGAAGAGUUGGCUGUGCAAGAGGCAAAGCAUUUCUGUAACCAUUACUGUGGGCCUAAUCCUAGAUCCUUGCUGUUACUCAGCAUUCUGAGAAGCACUUUGAUUCGGUAAUCAGGCCCUGCACAUGGGAAUAUGAAAAUUUCACGUGUGGAUAUUAAACCUUUUACUAUAGCACAAUCAAGAAAUUUAUCUAGAACGUGACAGGCAGCUAAAACUAUUAUGCCCACUGUGUUCAAUUAGGAGCAGAAUUGACUUAAAAAUAAUUUUUCCACCUUGAGACACUACAAACACAAAUGUCUAUGAAAGAUGCUUUGUUCAUGACUAUCCUUUUUUUCUGUGAAAACUCAAAUAUCUUUAUAUGUAUGUAUGAGUGUAUAUGUUAAUAUAUACACAUGUAUAUAUAUGUGUGUUUGUGUGUUUCAAAUGUUGGUGUUUAAGUCAGCUGGGUUUAUGAUGGGCUUUGGAAAUAAUCCUGUUGUCUAGGUUUUAAAAACCCAACUGACAAAAUGUUUUGUAUUGAUAGGUAGCUAUGCUUAUGCAAAAUGUUUAGGUUUUAAACUAUUUUGAAAUAUAUGGCAAUUUUAUAUGUAUAAUAUUUUCUAUAGAUAGAUUCUUUCAGAAAGAUAUAUUUAUAAUGUGUCUAAUAUGAAAUCACUGAAGUCUAGUACAUUAAGUGCUUCAUGAUCUGAAAUGCAGUGGGGUGGGGGCAUUAGGAAAUUUCCAUUUACUUUUUCUGCUGUACCUUUUCUGACGUUUCUGUCUUGGUUUGUGCUUUUUUAGGAAAAGUCAGUGCUACCAGGUCUUUUACUCUCUCUCUCUGUUCCUACAUUUGAAUUCACAACCUGUUGAACAAAAUGUUGGUUUUGCUUUCUUAGGAUUGCCAAAAUGUUCUUUGUGGAUUUUACUAGUAAUGAGACACACAUAUAAACUUCUUUCCAGAAAUUAAAAAAAAUACAUAUGCAUUCUCUUAAUUGUGAUUGAGUAAAAACAGCUUAAAUUACUUUUCUUUUUUUGCACUAGAAAAUCUGCUCUCUGAACAUUUUCAGUGAGAAACUUCUUAUAAUAGCACUUUUAUUUUAUACUCUUAUGAUUUGUGAAUAACAAUACAAAGGCCAUGCCGACCCUACAUUUAACAAGGUAGCUAUGCAAGUCCAAAUUUAAAAACUAUUUAAACUACUUAUAUUAGAACUUUUGAUAUAUACUGAAAUACAGAUUAUUGCUUAAUUAAUGCCAUUUUCCCCAGAGACGGAUAUCUAGAAAAGUAAGACCAAAACAUCAUUUGGAAUAUAUAUAUUAAUGAAAAACUAAUGUUGUAUCUAUAAAACCUUCUAUUGCCACACUUGAUAGAAAAUAUCUGUUUUAGAAUUAUCUGUUUCCUUUAAAAGACAAGACCCUGUCUUCUUUUAAUUUUUCUGAAUAAAGGAUUUUUUAAACUUUAAAAUUUUAAAUAAUAAAUUUAAAAUAUUUUCUAAGUCCUGGGCAUGUUACAAUCUUUUGAAUUAGAAAUUAUAUUUACCAAGUGAUUUUCUAAAUGUAUUUAACUGUUUAGCAAGGGGAAAAAAGGAAUAGUAAUCGCCUGCCAAUGCUGAUAAUGCUGGAGGGACUAGAUUAGUCUGAGCUCUUUUUCCUCUUAGAUCAGCAUAUUCUGAGACUAUAAACCACAUGACACAAUUGUGCCAAGAUGCCAACUCUUCCUUCCCUGUGAUGUUGCCCAUGAUGUUCUCUGCCUAGGUAUCUGCUGAUAUGCUUCAAGCGACAGUAGAACUCAAACCAAAAAUACGAAUACAAUGUCCCACCUAAUUUUAAAGGAUUGGGUUUAGAGUGUGCAUCAUGGAAUAUUAAUAUACACGCGCUUCGUGUGAAUGUCUCGUGGGGGUGUUAUUAGCUUGGUUUUUUGGCUUGUUUUUGAUUUUGGACUAGUGCCAAAAUAGUGCCUUCUCUGUACAUUUUCUACCUAACAUUUUCUAGCUUGUUCUAAAAUAUCAAGGGAAGAAGUACCAAAGUUCACGUAGGAACUAAUGCCAGCACAGGUCAUUGAUUUUCAGACACAUAGAUGUGUGAAAAUAACAUUGUCUGACUUCGUUGUUAGCCGAGUUUCUUUUUUAUCUCCUUGUAUAAUUAUAUUUAAACAUUUUUCAAUGGCUUUCUGGUUUCUGAAUUUUGAGAGGCCUGAUCUACUGUUGUUGUGGUUGUUGGUUUAGUGGUUCGUUAUUGUUUUUAUGUACACAGUUUAGUCUUGUUCAUUUCAAAUGCAUUUUGUUAUGAUUCAACCCAAUCAGCAGCCCUGGGAGUACUAUUUUAGCUUUUAUGCACCUCAGCUGAGGCCACCGCCACUGUCUCUGGCUUUCAAGGGCCUUCAGUGACCCCUGACAGCAGCUCCGUGGGGGUCACAACCAGGACCAUGGGGCAGGCAGGCUGCAAAGUGUGAGGUAGCCUGUAGCUACCUUUGUUGGGGAGUCUUGGGAUGUCGGGACAGGAUAUAAAGUGAAAAACCAAGGUAGUUGGGGUCCUUCGUUUCAGCUCCAAAUAUCCCGUGAGUACAAGGUAAAUGAUGAGGACCAAGGACCCUCUCCGACUCAUGGGAGGGAUGGCUGCUCCCUGGAACUGCACCAUAGGUCCUGGCCCCUGCGGUUUCUGCACCAGCGCGAACAGCCUUGGCAGCGGAAGCGCACGGGCCGCGGCUCCGUUGGUAAAGAACCUUGUAUUGCCAGCAUGGCUGGUUUCUCUGGCCCAUGCCUGGUUAUCAGGCUCUUCAUCUUUGGUAUCCAUGUGUUUCAUUGCUUUCUUUUGUUAUCAUUGUACUUAAUAGAAACCGUUGAUAGGGCCUAAAACUCUACCGAAAUUCUGUGUCUGUAAAAACCAACAGAUACUUUGGUCUUACUCAAAUACAGAGAUUUUUUUUCUGUGUGUAGGAUUGUAGAUAAUUUUAAAUUUACACGUUUUUGAUGAUAAUCAGCGUUCCUUUUUGCUUACAACAUUGGAUUAUUUUUUAGAAUUUGUAAUAAAUAAAAACUACUGCUGCUUCGCCACUGUAAUAUGUGCUUUCUAACCAUGUAUUUUUAAAAUAAAUUUCAAUAUGACUUAUCA